AUGUUCACGGCGGCCAACGAGCUGGCACAGCUGGACAAGAAUGGCUACUCGGCUUUCCCCUGUGUCAAAGCGUUCGUGCGAGAUCUUCACAACUACCAGGCCGACUGCGCAGAGAACAUGCGCAAGGUGCCGCUGAUCUACUCCGAUGUCGACACCGGUGGCGGCAUUGCUCGUAAGGUUGUCGCUGAUUACUUGACCUGUGCUUUGGAAAGCGAAGCUGAUGCCGUUGACGCCUAUGGUCUGAACGUCUACUCGUGGUGCGAUGAAACGUAUCCUGGUGACGGAAAGGCCGACAACUUCCAGUAUUCGCCGUACAAGGACAUCAAGCAGGAUUUCGAGGACUUCUCGGUGCCCUUCAUUUUCAGCGAGUUCGGCUGCAAUUUGGGCGUGUUCAAAACGAAAUGCCCGUACCCAGGUGGCCGUACAUGGCCAGAUGUGAAGCACUUCCUUGGUGAGGACAUGGGACAGUUCAUGAGCGGCGCCGUUGCUUUCCAAUGGUCCAUGGACAAGGAGGAGUAUGGCCUCACGCUGUCUCCGGGAUUCCUUGCCGGCCAGGAUAAGCUGUACCUGCUCGACAACUACUUUCAGCUGCAGAAGCAGUACAAGAAGUACCAGGUGAAUGGCACCUGGAACGCACCGGCCUCCGAGGUCGACAAGUGCAGCUUUGUCCCCUCGGACGUGGCCCCCAUGGAGUACACGCACAAGCGACCAGCUUGCCCAAGUAAGGCGAUGUGGACAAAGGUUCAGCACGAGAAGCGCGUGGACACCGUGGUGGAUUGGGACGUGCUACCGCCUCCUGCCAUCGCUCCGAUUGGGAAUGCCACGCUCAACAUCAGCGAGUGCCCUUCGAGCGAUGCGGUCCCACCUGCAGCUUUGACCUGCACAUCUUCGUGA